CAAGACAGAAACUAACAAUUAGUUCAUAGAACGUGAGCUUAAACAUGAAUACUUUUUUCUAUAUAGUAAGCCUUUUAUGGAUCUUAUGCCAGCUACAAGUCAUUCCUAUUCAAACCACAGACUAUCCAAAUUACCAGAGUGCAGCUAUUAUAUCCGGUAGACAAGCUGUACUCGGUCAAUUUCCUUGGCAUGUUCUCAUAAGAAGAGAUAAUUUUGAUACAUUAUUGUGUGGCGGUUCUAUUAUUGCCAAUAAAUGGGUUUUAACAGCGGCUCAUUGUCUUAAUGACCUGGAUUCGGUACGUUUAGAAUUUGGAACCGUAAAUCUUUACGUUGAUGGUCUUAUAAAGAAAGCUACACGAUUUCAUAUACAUCCGAAAUUUGAUCGCAAACACAAGACUGAUGAUAUUGCUCUAAUAGAAUUGCUUACACCAUUAAACUUUAACGAGGAAAUAAAAGCCAUUGAUUUGGUAUCCUCAGCACAGGCUUCAAAUGAUUUUGUGGGCGCUGAAGCUGUUUUAACUGGUUUUGGUCAGACAGCUAAUAUAGCUGAAGAUUUUUCCGAAUUCUUGUUAUGGGCCUCUGUAGAAGUUAUCACCAAUACUGCUUGUGCUCAGGCGUACCAUAGAGCCAGCAUAGCGAAUGAAGAAAUGUGUGCGAUUGGUUAUAUGGGUAGCGAUAUGUCACCAUGUGAUGGUGAUUCUGGUGGAGCUUUAGUUUGGAAGAAUGAAUUUAAUAAAUUUGUACAAAUCGGUGUAGCUUCUUUUACGGUCUCAAAUAGGUGUACAGAAUUUCCAGCGGGUUAUGCUCGAGUGUCAUCGUAUUUGGAUUAUAUUCAUAAUAUAACUGGUUUAACCUUUGAUCUUCCAAAUUUUAAAUAAUAUUGUUUUUCAGAACUUUCAUUAAAAGAAAUCUAAUCAGCUUUUGAGAGCUAGAUUCAGAGAAGUCAUGAAUAAAUCUUAACAAGAUCUGA